AUGACCAGUCGGCAGCUCAAACUUGCUCGAAACGCACAUAAAUCAGUCUCAAAGCAAGCUCUGGAACUCGAGGACGACUUGGGCUGGAAACACCCAGCAGAGCUGAUCUACAGCACAGGCAAAUACUGGACUGAUAAGAAACUCCUCUAUUACUGCCUCGCCAAUGCGCUUUCCGUCAGUCUGUCCUCUACGCCUUCGCCUGGCAUCUGCUACGUUUCCGACGGGAAGAAGACGGUGGUGGUAUCGGAAAGAUACCGGAUCCCAAUCAUAUAUGUUUCUCGAUGGCAGUGGACAAAGCUUAAGGGACUUCUGACAGCGAAUGAGGAGGAGAAGAACCGGAGGUGGCCGGAAGAGAAAUACGAGGUUCUUCACAUCGCUCGAGUGUGGAAGAUCCUCACUGACGAAGGACCACCAAGUGAAUCAUUGAAGUCGAGUUAUGGUAAAGAGGAAAGGUUGGAGGUAGUCAAGAAAUGGAAAUGUCAUACGCUCGACCGCGUUUUGACUAGGUUUCGUAUGGGUUGUUUUUCGUCAGAGCCAACGAGGGUAGAAAAGUUCUGGGAUCAGUAUAAGGAGAGUGAAUACUCGAAGAAUGUAUUAGAAUUUGACUGGCGAAAUUGGCUUUCACAACCUCGAGAUGGGGUUGCUCUACAUGAAACUGACUUUAGCAGUGAACUUAACCCAGAGUACCUCAUGCGGGGCUUGGUAGAAAUGGAUGGAGCUUGGUUGUGGGAAACACCCUCUCAACCGAUACCCGAUGGAAUUCCUGCGUGGUCUCUGAGGGGGACAGCAGGAAGCAUGUUUGUACGACAGGCAAGGACAUCGACAGCCAAACCUGCCAACAGUGCUGCUGCUAGUGCUAGUGCUCGUGUUGCGUCGAAACCACUAUCGGCGGCUUCAGAUUCUCAGACACCUCCGAGAGCACGAAGAACUCAAAAUACUGCUAGUGCCAGUGCUAGUGCAACAGCACCUUCGCAUAUAACGUCUUCUUCCGCCAGACCGACUGGUACAGCGCCUACGUUAACUUCGACAAACACUACUUCCGCUCCUGUCACUAGACCCAUAUACGGUCCUCCUAGACCACCCGCCACGGCUUCACCAGGCUUGAAAAAAGCUUCACUGCCACCAAAGACUGAUCGUGGUGAACCAAGCAGUGUCCCCGUUAUAACUUCCGCGAAAUCAUCUAAAAGGAGCUCUGAGAUAUCAAAAUCACAGAAACAAGUCGAAGUCAAAACUUCUGCAAAUAUCACAGGAGAUUCGAUAUCCGUAGUCUUGCAAAAGCCAAAAACAAUAUCGAAAAAAUCAAACAAAAAUACGAUCUUGACUUCAACGAAUGCUUCGAGUGCUCCGAUCCCGUCUCCUCCAGCUUCCAUGUCUACGUCUACUAGGGGUCAUCGACCUGUGAUUUCGACACCGUCUAGUCUAAACACAGUUGUCUCGAGUGCUAGUCCAAUACCAACUCCCGCUCCUACGCCCACACCCUCUAUGCAAUCGAUACCCCCGUUGUUUCCGUCGAAUGACGCUAUGGAGCCCGCUUCCUCGUCCAAAAUCAAGUCCAAAUCUACUCCCACUGUCCAAGUUCCUUCCACCAGUUCUAAUUAUAAUUCUCCCACUCUCACUACUACUGCUAUCAAUAGUACUAAUCAUCCUCUAUGUGAUCCCCAAGUACUAGCACACGAAACAAAUGCUAGCAUUAGCGUCAGUAUGCCAAAACGCCAGAGUCCCGAUAACUCAUCCGCAAGCUCCAGUCGAAUCCAAACACCAAUUACACCCUCCCAGACGUUUGUUAUUCCUGUUAAUCCUAGGGAUGUUAGGGAUUUAACAAUUGUGACGAACACGAGCCAGAGUGAUAGUGAAGGAACAGUGAAAUUUGAUAUUGACACGAAUGGCGCGAAAAUGAAUGACGAUGAGGGCACUCGGACUGCGACAAUCUCGUCUGAUCGAACUCUCCCUUCGGCUCCUCUUCCUCUACAGAAUUCUCUAUUGGGUGGAUCUUCCCGCGAUCUUCCUCCUCACCCUCGCCCAUCACUUCAUCAUCCCGUUCCUCGUUCCUACAACGUCGUGUCCCCUCAUCCUGUGCCUCCGUCCGUUACUUCUCCCGUUACUGCAGUUGUUCCAUCCGUUGAUUCCAUAUCAUCGUCGUCGUCAGAAUCGUCAGAACCUCCCUCGAAACCGUCCUCCAUUUCACAAACAUCUGCUACAAAGUCGAAUGCAUUGACGGUCGAUCUCACUUCCCCUGCGAAUGCGAUACAAAAUGGUGACCAAAGACCGGCAAGGAAAACGAGUAAAAUAAGUAACUCGGUGAAUCCACUGAGUCCACCUGUAUACACCGAUUCACCGUCGGACGCUGCUGCAUCUGUUCUUACCAUUCCUUCAACACAAAGUAACUCCACCACCACCACCACAGGAACUUCCACCAUCACCACAUUUAACGACGUCCCCACCACCAGUACGGGCGACACGGGCGAAAGGGACUUGAAGGGAUUAAAAGACGAUAUGAGGAUGAGGAACAUCGACGACUCUGCUAAAUCCACUAAACCUACUCGACCGAACGGACGCGAAAAUGGGAGUGGCACUGGAGCUGGAGUUAAACGCAGUGGGUCACCACUUGAAAAACCUGGUCCCUCGAAGAUCCAACAAACACCGCGAAAUUUCCAGCAUCAAAGCGCACCUGUCUCUCCUCCUCAUCCACCUUCUCAUCCAAGUUCUUCUCCUCAUUCUCUUCCCUUGUGUGAUAUUCCUUCUCAUUCUUCCCAUCUCACACCAGACACGUCGGAAACGUUCACGGAGAUUCCUGGAUUAGGGAACUUUCCUAUGCCUCCUUCCCCGAAGCUCAGGAUAGUAGAAAUUCCUCCUAUCAAUACUCAUGGUUCUACAACAACUACAACCGAGGUACUGAGAAAUACAGUUCCGAUUAUAAAAGUCAAAAGGACUAUGGAUGCGAUGGAUACCUCAAUGGAUACGUCAAAAUCUGAAACGAAACCGAUGACGAGCCUCAUAAGACCUUCCAUUUCUGUUACUUCUUUCCAUCCCAAUGUCGAACCGCAACCCUCGUUGGAUUUCUUGAAUUCAAAUGGAAACGCGACAAUGAAUGGAGGCCUCUCCUCGACUUCAAGUAGUUUAAGAUCGAGCACAACUAUGUCUCUACAUGAUUCCCUUACACCUUCGGUGCCUCUUGAACAUCUCAUUCGCGCGCAGAGGAAAGGGGGAAAUAAAAAUCAGGCCCGAAGCCAGGGUUAUACUAUGAAAGGCGAAUCAAAACCAGAUUCAGCGGAGUUGGAUGCAGAUAGAUUUGAGGGUUCUGGAUCUAUGGGCAAUAAGGAAGUAGGGAGAACUAAUGGAACCGGUUCAACUGGUUCAACAACAGGAUCAGGUUCAUCGUCAACGCCGUUUUCGUUAUCCCGUCAUACCCUCGCGCAUCUACUGGGUGAACCUUCAAAUUUCUCCUAUUAA